AGAGAGGGUGAGAAUUUCCCUUCAGUCUCCACGCCCCUCUGCGUAGUAAGUUCCUCUAAUGCUUAACUUAAAACAUUCUGCCUUUUCCCUUUCUCCAUUUAGCGUAGCUUCGAGCUGUUGCCUGUCAAAUUGUCAAGUUCUUGCUUGAAACGAUGUUUGGGAUUUUGAUAUUUUUCGGCGCUGUCUUGGUAGUAUCCAGUGAUACCAGUACCUGUGAUCCAGCAACACAGUACCAGGAUGGUGACAACUGUUGCCAAAUGUGCGGCCCAGGCACCAAAAUGUUGAGCCCACCUGUUUGCGAAGAUGCACAAUGCGAACCAUGUCCAGAGAAUGAAUAUCAAGAUGCAUAUACCAGAGACGACAUAUGCCAACGACAACCUUACUGUGACCCAAAUAAAUACUUUGAAUUCACACGUAACAACAACAAGACAAGCCGUGUCAAAUGCAGAUGUAAACCAGGAUACCACUGCAACAGUAAAGACUGCUUACUUUGUAUGCCCCAUACAAAGUGUGAGCCAGGAUCUGGAGUGGUUUCCAGAGGUACUGACAAGGAAGACACCCAGUGUCAGGUCUGCCCACCAAACACAUUCUCCAAUGACACCUCUGCAGUGAGUGAGUGUUUGAAACACACAAUCUGUGGAGGAAAUACUGAAACUGAAGGAACAAAUGAAUCUGACACCGUCUGUGCAGUUUCUCGUGUUAGCCCGGGGGUAAUAGCUAUUAUAAUAGUUGGCAUUAUCCUGGCCAUGGUGGUUUUAUCUGGCUUUCUCUUUUGGAAACAUGCAUCUGGACCCACAAAAGGAAAAGUGAAGAAGUUCUUUGGACUUUGUGGAUGGACCUCGGUGUUUGUACCAAUGCAGAAGGAUAACCCAAGAAACGUGGAAGCUGAAGAGUUUAUAAAUGUGACACCAGAAGAGCCUGGCCGCCCAGAAAGAGAGUUUUCAGCACUAGAGACAGGGGCUGUGGAGAAUGAGGAAGUUGGACAGCCUGGGGAAACUGAGCAGGGAUACUGGGUGGCCCAGGAGGUUGGUAGAGGAACAAUAAUCACUCAUCCUGAAUCUCAAAUGAACUCAAUGGUCUCGUACAAUUAGCAUUGCUAUGGGCCAUAAAACCCAUCCUCUCUGCAUUUCAGGAUGAUGUAUUUUACCAAAUAAACACAGCAAAAUAUGCAGUGUUUUAUUGAACCACGAAUGUGAGCUCAAUUUCAUAUGUACAAUGCAAUCUUCGUGGACCAGUAAACUCAGCUCAGCCAGAAACACUUCUACACAAUCUAUUUAGAACCGUCUACUAAAAAUCCAUUAUUGGGAUACAAAAGGCUUCAUCUACCUGAGUUAUGCAUACAGUAACACAUGUAAUACAGAAUUUAACUUAAAAAAAUUGUAGCUCAGAAUAAUUCAAAACUAAAUACUGCAGUUAAGUGGCCAAACAUUCAUUCCCUGUGAAAUGUAAAUUAUUUUGUAUGUUUUUGUUUUUGUAAAUAUAUAUUAUACACUAGACUUUCUGUAAAAUGUCCAUGUGAACUACAAAUGAUGUUACAGUAGACUGUCAAUUUUAGCAUUAAAGUGUUUGUACAGAAUGUAAA